ACAAAAUAUUUCAUUACAUAUGCCCACACCAUCUGUGGGUGGUAAAUCCAAAUGAUUUCUAUACUAAGUGUGGUCAAAUUGAGGCAUCUCUUUGCAGUUAAAUGGAUUUGAGUAAGGAAGCAAGUGGCCGGAAGUGGCGUGGAAUAGCAAAGAAAGGCAAGAGAAGAGAUGUGGGGUUACUCCAGCCGAGCAGCAGCACUCAGCCAGAGACCCUGGAGCCCUACAUGCCUGCCUUGUCCAAGCGUCAAUCAACCAGCAUUGCACCUCCUCAUCACCACCAUAAUGCCGCUUCUCAGAAUUUGGAUACUAAACCAAAUAGCACAAUUACACCUACAACAAAGCCUGAACUUCUUAAUUGUGCAUCUAAUGCUAAAAAUUGUAGGAGAUCGUCUUCUCCUAUCCCUAAGAAAACAGGUUCAAAAUCCAUAGGGAACUUCAUUAGAGUUGGAGGAAAUACCACAGUUAGUUCUAAGAAAACCAAAUUACAUCCUCCUAUUGAUCAAGAAUUGCAAGAAAAGCUUUCUUCUAAGGUAAAAUCAAGUGACUUUGAGUCUCGGUCUGACCGUUUGUCUAAGAAUACUAAAUCAAAAAAAUAUCCCUUCAAGCACUCCAAGGAUUCAAAACAUUACUCUGACCGUGAAGGUGAAGAGAAUAUAAACUAUUGGUGUGAUAAAAAUUUGAAUGUUCAGAAUGAUAAUAAUUUCCAUGAAGAUUUCAUUGAAAAAUCUCACAAGUCUUUGCCCACACUGUCUGACGAAAAGGAAUCAGCCUCUCCGACCCAGUCCCAGAAGAAAAAUAAAAAGAAAUGUGGCUUUAUGAGGCCCGCUCAUCUACAGAAAAAGAACCAUUGUUCUUCUACAUCUUCUCAUCACUCUGGAGAUGAAGUUAAAUCAUGUACUAAUUCAUUUGAAGUCACAACUAAAUCAUUGGUCAAGGAAAAUCAAUCUUCUAAGAAGAAUCUGCAAACCCAGAGCAAGUCUUUACUCCCUGCUACAGAACGAAUGAAUAGAUCUCAUUCAAAUCUUCAAAUGCAUACCAGGAAAUCUGUAUCAAGUGAAAAUAACGGCAGUGAUGCAAGAAACUUAAAUCUUAGUUCUGAGUGCAUUGGUGUAGGAAUUUCAAGUGACCACUCCAAUUCGGACCUCAAAAACCAAAGUUUAGAAAAAGCUGAUUCUGUCAAGGGUUGUACUAAGAAUGAAGCCCAAUUAACUGGUAAUAAUAAAAAUCCCGAAAAGAAACGAAGAAAAUCACGAAACGCCAAAGAAACCUGUAAAAAUUCUCGGAAUUUGCCCAGUGCUAGCUCAAAUCAAGACAAGAAACCAUUUUUUAAUGAAAAUGCGAGACGUAGCCAUUCUCCUCCUGUUGAAAGUGUUCAUCUGAAUUGUUCACGAGUGAAUGAGGAAAGAAAUUAUAGCUCUGAUUUAGCAAAGAAUGGACCGUGUGUUGAUUUUGAAAAAUUUGAUGAGAAGUCAAACAAUAGUUUAUUGCAAGAGACAAACGAGAAGCUGACAGAAGCACCUAAUUGCAGAAGGAACAACCACCGCAAGCAUCAUAGGAACAGAGGUGUUGAUGGCUAUGCUGUAAAUAAUGUGGAUGAGAGUGUUGAAUCUAGUCUUAGUACAGCGGAAUUGAACAAAGAAUCUGUAGCUUUGAAUUCAAAUAAUCAGUUUGAAGUGAAGGGCAGUGUAGAAAAUACUAAUCUUGGUGAAGAUGAUAGAAGACAGGUUAAGAAACACAAACCCCAAUCUGUUCAUACCGAAAAUAGAGACAUCAGGACUAGACGUUCAGUGGCAUCAGGUGAAAGCUUUGUUGUGGGCGUCAUCGAAGAUAGCGUGCCAAAUUUGCUAGACAGCACUAAGAAAAUGAGAUGUCUGCGUUCUCAUUCACUUUCAGUCCAACAAAAAAAAUUAACUGAUCAUAGUGAACUAUCUGAGUCUUCAUAUGAUAAACGUAUACCACCUUGUAUGAGCGGAUCAACUGACGAAUCAGUUGUUAUUUCUGAAAAGGAUAAUUCUGAAGAUAUUAAAAUAAACAACCAAGCAGUGAAAGCCAAGGAAUCUUGGGAUAAUUGUGAAAAAUUUACAGAAAAAUUGAUAGAUGUCAACCUUGCACCAGGUAGUGAAUCUCUUGAUGCUUCUGAAAAACCAGUUCCUAUUGACGUUCAUAACAGUGUCUUAAAUGUAAAUCACAGUACAGACAUUUUAGAAAGAUCAAACGACCGGGACUCUGCUGAUGACACACCACAUGUUGCAGCCUCAAGCUCCACCAGCAAGGCUGAAGGCAGCGAAUUAUCUAAGAGCUCAUAUGUUAGCCCUAAUGUUGAAAACGAUGUCGAGCGUCCAUCAUCAAGAAAACGCCUGCAACUUGACCGAAGUUCCUUUAAUAAAAGUGAGAAAGCCAAGGCUGCAGUUGAGGCUCUACUAGGAGAAAGUCCACAAAAAUCCCCUCUGAAGAGCAGUUCUAUAGCAUCUAACAUUUCUGUUGCAACAUCAUCUUCAGAGCCUCUUGUUAGUGUAUCCAAUAAAUUGUUGGAAUGUAAGCCUUCUUUGGAAGAUUCUGCGCCAGCUUCCAAAUUGGGUUUGUCUCCAUCUCCAUUACAGAAGGCAUCUGUAGAAACUUUGCUUGAAGUUCUUCCCUCUGAUGCUAUGCAUAGGAUACCAAAUACCAGCCUGGAUAUCGAUCCUCGUCCAUCUCUUAGCGCCGACAAUGAACCCACUAGUCCAUUAUCAUCUAAAUCGUUUCCCGAGACAGCCGCUAAAGCAGAUUCUCCUGAAAUGCCAUUAGACAGAAAGGUUAUUGAUGUUCCUUCCAGCCCAGGCCGAAGAAUUACGACUCAGGAAGCAGAAGUGGCAGGCAUUGGGCCUGCUUUGUUUUAUGACCAGGCAUGUGAUGAUAACAGUUCAAGUAAUAAUGAUUUAUCACUUGAUCAAGUACCAUUUGACUCUAGAGCUUCAGUUACUGACACCAAUUGCGGCCAUGUUUCCGGUGUCAACAGGGAUCGUGAACGGCUGGUGUGCAUGUCUGCAGAUGAUACCGGUACUAGUGAGAAACUGCAGAAGGUUGAGAUUAGCCAUGAAAAUAAAGAUGAGAAUUCAAGUCUUGGUAAUCAUCAUCCAAGUGAAAAAAUGCAGGGUAGUUCAUCCUUGAAUCUCGCAUGUAGUUCAGAACUCGGCAAAUCUCUAACCUCGUCUGUUCAACCAAGUAAUGAAAUGGAAGAGAAAAAAACAGAUUCGCUGGUUGUUGAUGUAGAUGCUAAAACCAUACCUGACAACAGCAAAAAAAGUGAUCAAGUGAUUCCUUGCCUUCAACAUCAGGAACUGAUUAGCAGCCAUACCGCUGAAGGAAACGGUUUUCACCGAGAAAAUAGUGCCCCGCCCAUAGAGCUCAGAGGAGUCAAGAAAACUACAAAAAAGCGAAGGAAUUCCAUCGAGACUUCCUCCCCAGAGAAGAACCUCCGGAGAUCAUCUCUCAGAAGCCGACGCAAUAGCCUGCAAACAUUUACUGCAGCUCCCCAUGUUCUUCCAGGUAGUCUGUUGAAGAAUAACUCGAGGCAAGAAACAAGUAAAGAUUUAGUAGUUACUCGCCUUGCUGAUGUGCAAACUACAGAUGAAUGCGAUCGAGGGGAACUUUCUACCUGUGAAGAAAAAUCAAGAAAUGAAAAUGAAGCUAGUGAGAAACUUGAUGGAUCUCCUGAUACUGUUGUGGCAUUUAGUAUUACAUCAGAAAAUGCUGCCGGUUGUGAGGCGAGUUCUGUUCCCUUGAAUACUACUGACGCAUCAAAGGAUACCCAGGUUAUACAAGAUGAUGGGUUGCAGAGAAUUGAGGACUUGGAUGCCGAGUUAGCUAGUGCUUCUCUUGAGCGCAGAGCAGCAAUUCCCAAAAUUGAGGACUCUAAUACUGAUUUGGCAUGUACUUCUAGUGAGAGCAAUAUAAUUUCCAAUUGCGAUGCCUCUGGAAUUGCUUCUGAACUAAACGAGGAUAAUGAUGAUGAAGCAUGUGCUCGAGUGCUAAGAGGGCGUAUUAUUGAACCGAAGAGAAGUGAAACCGCCAAGAUUUCAAGUAAAGCUAAAUUAUCAUUCAAUGAUGCACUUGAUAGUGCUGAAUUAAUUGAACAUCCUUCAGUUGAAACUAAACCUACCUCAACGAAAAUGGCGCCUAAUACAAAACAGAUGAGAGUUUCAUCAUCAUAUUUGGCACAUAAGCGGUCUAAAGACCCCCGUACCAAAUACCGAAUACCAUCAAGAACAGAGUGUCUGAUUGUCCAUCCUCCUCCCUAUCGUUUGCCCGUGAUUGUAACCGAUGAUAGAAAGGCAGUAAAAAUGAAGAAUCGUACGGCACGAAAUCAACUCGUGAAAGUCGUCAAUCUUGAAAGGCGUGAUGUGCUCGAGACUGCAUAUCUUGGAGAUGGAAAAGUCAUGAGAUAUCCUCUGAGAAAAGUAAAGGCAUCUGAAUCUCAACCUGCUGAACUUCAGGAGGACGCAGUUGAAGUCAAGAAUCUAGUGGCCAAAGAUGAUUCUGCCCAUGCCGGAACGAUUUUAAAGUCGUCAAAUACGAUUUCAGAAACUGGUGAAUUGGGUGAUCUGAGUUGUCCUAAUGAAACCUUGUCGUGUGAUGUUGUUCUCUCCACCAGUAAAAUUGUCAGCAAAACUCCAACAAUUCCUCCAAUUACCAAAAAUGUUGGUACCAACUCUGAAGGAGGUGAUGCGAGUAAGUCGGUUGCAGAAGCAGAUAGUAGCAUUUCGAACUUGCAGGACAACCGUGAGGAUGAGACAGCAAAACAAGGACGUAAGAAGCGUCAACCGAAAGCUUCUCAGAAACUAAUUGAGAGCUUAGAAUCUGGAAGCUUAGACCUCUUCAACAUGAGUAAGCUGCUUGUUGACAAACCAGUACUGGAAAUGCAUGAUACGAAGAAAGCAAAAGACGCGUCUCAACAAGAAAUUAGUGAAGCUACUACUGCUGACAAAGUGGCUCCCGAUCAAGAACAAACGACGUCAGCAGUUGCUGAUGGAAUUAACUCAAAGUCCGCAAGUCAAAAAUCCGCCACAGUACGGAAAAAAAGACCGCUAGAUGACAGUAUUCCUACUAAUACCAAGAAAAGAAAGAAAGAAGAUAGGAAAACUUUCAGCUGUUGUGAAAUUAAUUUUGAAAAUGCGUUCGACCUUCAACGACACAUGGUCAAGAAAGCUAUGGAAGGUGACGCUGAACAUUCAGAGAAGUUGCAGUCUCAAGGCUAUAAUAAAUGUAAACGUUGCCCUGCUUGGAUCCGCGACUCAAUGAUGGCCAUUCACUUGCAAAACAUUCACAACGAUUCCAGCAAUUCCACAUCAAAAUUAGAAAUUCAGACAAUGGUUAUAAAACUAAAGAAACAAAGUGUCCCUGUGAAAUUGAGUACAGAAACUACACAAAACAAAUCAGAUUUAUCAGCAAGAAAGAAUUUCAGUUCAAAGCAAAAACCAUUCGUGGAUCUCGGGCCCAGAAUUUCCGUGUCUGACAACAAUUAUCUGAGUGAUGAUACUGAGAAUCGUGCAACUGAAAAUACAAGUAAAAAACCCGUUUUGAAAAGCAUCCUGAUUAAGAAAUCCCAAUCUGUUAACAAGACUAAAAAUAAGAAGAGUGUGACCUUGUUCUCCCAGGAUGAUCUUGACAACGACUCUGAGAAUAACUGUGAGGAUAAUCCGGCCAGCACUGUCACCUCUUAUUCACCAUCUUCCUCUUCAUCUGAUGAUGAGACAAGCCAUCAUCAAAAGCCGGGUUACAAGAAGAAAAAAUCUAAAAAAACAUCUGGGACAAUUGAUAGCUUUGAUGAUCGUGAUAAUUACAAACCUUAUUCUAAAAAAGCUCGUGCUUUUAAUCCUUUAUCUGACGAUUCGUUUAUCGGCCACACAGAAAACACAAGAGCUCAGAUUAAAACCAAGUCCAGCUUGCGCAGUAGCCGCAAAAGCUUCCCUGAAAAGCCCAAUUCGUCGAAAGUAAAAGGAAAGGAUCCAGAAGAUCAUUCGUCAUCCUCUAGUGAUGAUGAAAACAGUGAUUAUUCAACGGACGACAGUUAUAAUUCUGUUGAUGAAUACUCAGAUUCAUCUUAUGAUGCCGAGAGAGAGAAUGCUCCACUAGUGGAACUGCAAUUGUUUUCGUUCGCAACCGAUGACCUAGCAGUUCUUCUAAUGGAUCCAAAGAACCCCAAACUCAAAGUAUUUGCCACCAUGGGCUCCAUUUUUGUGAGUGACGUGUCGCUCGAACCUGAGAAAAAACCUAUGAGCUACUUGACGGAAAAUAAUAAUGUUAUCUACGUUAGUCAUCACCACAAUGUGUUUCCGAAUGUAAAAGAUAUCAUGCAUUUCAUUCCGAAACCAGUUGUUGUUAUGAAAAUGACGAGAAUGGAAGCAAAUGCCAUUAAGCGUAAUUCAUCAAACAUGGCGGGCAAUAUUCUUAAAGAAUCCAACAACACGUCAAGCAAUCAAGUAUCUUCGAGCCACAAUAGAGUUGCUGAGCUGUUAUCAGAGAUCCUCUCCAAAUCGGUCAAAUCUUGUGAGCCAAAUAGAGUAGAUAAAACGGAUUUUGCUACGGUUAAAAAUUACCUCGUUGAAAAACAAUCCAGUGGAAAGACAGAGUCCGAGAGCCCCAGAGUUCGUCCUGUGAAACCGUCAAGACGUAAGAAGGAUGAAAAAUUGCAAGUUCUCUCUGGAAAUUUACAGCAGCCUUUAAGUUCUUCAAGCCCCCUGCCUCAGUCUGUUAAAUGUCCAGUUUAUGUCGAAUCCCAUAAUAAAUCUUCAAACUUAGACAUGACCGGACUAUCUCCUGUCAAGAUUCCUGUGGAACAUUCUGGACAAAAAAUAAGAUCUCCGUUCGCAAAGGGCGAUGCAGACUUGCUGCAGCAGCUGGUCUCAUCUACCAUCCAUUCUCCUUGCGAAGUGGAGAACUGGGACGACAGUCAAAACAAUCAGUAUGGGCCAAUUUUAACGUAUGAUGCCGAGUCAUCUAUCACUGUGUCCGCUGAUGAAAUGGUCCUGCAAGCAAAUGAAAACGAAAAUGAACACAUAGCAGAUACUAAUUCUGUCUCUUCUCCUUUAUCUUCUCGUCGCAGAAAUAAUCAUCAGAAUUAUUUCACCGAAGUGUGUGAAGUUGAAUACCAAGAAAUCUCACAACGCGUAAGUGAACAUGAAGUCAUUGGUGUACCAAUGAGUAGUGAGACCGAUUGUGAAACUCGUUCCGUGAUCAAUGCUACGGAUUCUUCUGCUGUUUCAAAACCUGCUGGGAAAAACCAAAACUUGAAAUGGUCAUUCUUAGAUGAGGACAGUGACGAAUUUUUGAAUACCCUGGAAUUCACGGAUACUCUUCAAAGUCCUACUCGUUUUGAUAGUUCCGAUGGAAAUGAAUCGAACGAAGGACGACUUAGAAAUAUCAGUGGCCUUUCGAAACAAUCAUCCAAGAGAUCUGGCUUGGUUAUUGGUCAGGAUUCUUCAUGUAAUACCGCCAACGCAUCUAAUGAGAAGACGUUCCUUGAAAGCACUUCUGAGGCUGGGCCUCAUGAUUCACUCGAACUUAAAUCUGAUAAACAUUCAAAGAAACAACGUUAUGGCCAAAUUAGAUCAAAAUUAGCUGAUGAUGUUUCAAUUAAGGAGAAUGUGUUGCAGACACCAGUCCAUGAUGUGCGCCCACGUCCUACCUUCAUUUCUCCCCCGUGUCGUAAGAGACUUCAGUGUUUUGACGAGACCGAGGGUUCACCAAAUAGACUGUAUUCCAAACUAGCUUAUUCAACCCUCUCUGAUAAUGAUAUUUUUGGUCUUUGGCCAGAAGGGGCAUCUCCAAAAGCUAAUAAAGUCUCUAAUAACAAUAAUCGGCGAAGGAAAAAGUCACGAAGUUCUUCUACUGAGAGCUUUUCAUUGAAUCAAGCGGGGAGACUUCAUCGUUAUUCAUUGAAAUCUGAUAAACUCGCAUCAGGAAAUGCAGUGACAAGUGACUCUGCGGCUGAAACUUCGGAAGACGAAUCUAGACUCUGCUUCAAUACCUCAACAUUGACUGGAAAAGUACCCGUAAAAUCUCCGGACGCGGCCAACAAUUCAGAGCAUAGUCUGUCCUUGCGUUUUACUUCUCCCUCGCCAUCCGGUUCUGCGUCCGUUGCUGCUAAAACACGCAGCUCACUAAAGCGUCAGAAAUCACCCGAUGUAUCUAAGUAUAGUCCAGUGCCGUCUGAUAUUCUCACUCCAAAAAGCAGUAAAAUAAAGCUAGCUGUCUCGUUCGACGAUGGCUCAGUUCCUCUAGAGUUUUCUGUUGACUCCAUAAGAAGUAACGAUUUCUCCCCUAGAAGCAUGGCCAAUUUACCGGACGAAAACGCCUUGCUCUCUAAUAGGACCUCGCCAUUGCCCUGCUCUCCGACGGCCGCUCCUGCCGUGCUACCGUUCUUUGCUAACGAAGACGAUUUGGGCUGCAUCAGUGAUACAGAAUCCCAAUUUCGUGGAGUGAAAAAGUCUAAAAAACGAAAAGAGAAAAAGUAUAAGUCAAAGAAGAAGAAAAAAGAAAAACACCGACAUCAUUCAUCAUCACACAACGUCGAAAACAGACAUGAAAAUCAUGGAAUCAAGAUGAAAAUUAAUCUUAUUGGGAUGACUUCAGAAAUGAUGAGCCCCAUCAGCGCAUCACCUGAUCGCGGUUCAGCAUCAAGCCGUAUUUUCGAUACUCUUAUCGAAGACUCGAAGAAUUAUCCGGAAUCAAACUUUGACUGUCCAUUCACUGAGGUCCCGCAAUCAAGUAAUGUUCUUAUCACGAGUGCUUCAGAUUCCCCUUUACCUUGCAGAACUCCAUUGUAUCCAGAACCAUGUACUAUUGAUUCAGCUGAUUUUUCUGAAACUACUUCAUCAGCUGCCGAAGAUCUGGUAGUGAGCAACGAUGAUUUGCAAGCGGUUGCUGAAAAUGAUUCACUCUUGCCUGUAGUUGAUUUACUUGUCAAUAACAACGCAUCCUCCGCUGACGUGUUAGAUAGUAAAAAAUCUCAUUCGCAACCUUUAAGUAGUUCUUGCAUCCCGUCUCCUAACGCCAAGAAACAGCACAGCAAAAGCGACAAAGAUUUAUUUAAAAUACGUGGAAGAAUUGGCUCCGAGUCAGAUGAAGAACCUAAUGCCACUGGACAACGAAAUUUGAAAACGGAUGAUGGUGAAAUAGAGACAUCUGAAAGAUCUCCGGUAGUAACUGAAGAAAGAGAAGAAAGCAUGACAUGCACCUCAGUUGAAAAAGCCAUAUUAUCACCGAGACCGUGGAUAGGACGAGAUGCUAAGGUCCGAGCAGCUGUUCUCAUCCACGAUUUGCAGGAUGGCAUUACUAACUCGACUGUGCCUGCUAGCGGCACCCUUCAUGACGCGGCCAUCACCUUCUCUACGUCGCCUCACUCUGAGGUAAAAAGAAAUUCAUCUACUCAGGAUAGUACAAAUUAUAACGAAAAAGAGUCUCCUGAUACAUUCCAUGCUAAAAAGAGCCGAAUAAAUCAGGAUUUAUCUCUGAACGAAGAAGACUCUACGAAAGUUGGACAGCUCCAUUCCACUCCAAUUGAGAGACGGCCUGUGGCUGAUGCUGUCCCGACGUCGGAAGACCGAGCUUGGCAUUCUCGUGAUGCCAAGUUGAAGGCUCAAAUUUUAAUUUCGGAUCAGCAAUGCGGUAUUGUAAAUUCCAGCGUACUCACUGCACAGACUCCUAUUUCGACCUCAUCAACGAACGCGAGCGCGUUUUCUCCAAGUGACAUCCGUAAUUUCUUUCAGCCAACGAAAAAAGAGGUGGUCAGUGAUACUCCGGUUUCUGUAAAACCUGUCAAGAUAUCCCGACCUCAGCCUGAUAUCCGCUCAUUUCUGCUCCCGAAUACUGCCUGUGUUGAUGCAGAAAGUCCCGCCGUUUCAUCUAACAUUCCGCUUGUAGAAGCUACGAUCCCGAUAACAAAUACUGGUAAAAAGAAGCCAAGAAAACGUUCUCGUCGAGUCCCCGAGAAAUCUGAGCUUGAACCUGUGCACAAAUAUCCUCGCCCGAUGUCGCCUGCUUACGGUGCAUCCAUUCCUGUGCACAACUUGAAGAGUUGGUACGAAUCUCGAUGUAGUCGUUUGGCAGUUAUUGCGGGAGAAAUGCCUUCUGGUCCCGCUAACUUUGUAGGGUUUGAUUCCUUGGAACCUUACUCAGGGGCUCGUGCUCAGACGCUGCGUCACAUUAUUACUCUUUCAAACAUGAAGAAGUGGAAUCAGCAAUCUCGACCUUACCCAAUGCCUGUGGACCAAAUAUAUGACUGGGAUGAAGAUGAAGUCAUGCUUUCUUUGGACUUAUAGUUUUAGUAUUGAUUGGCCGUAGCAGAAGAGGUCAUUAACGUAUGCGACAUUUCUCCUCUCACGGACAAGAUUUCUGUCAUCGAAAGCUUGUCGCUAUCAUUCCUUCUGAUAUGAGUACAUCUUCGGUUUUUAUUAUAUUUCUACAAUCCAGUUUGGAGCCUGUAAACUGAACCUAGUAAGUCAUUUAGUUUUUGAACUGGAUUAGUAUGGUUGUAUGCUGGAAAAUUGGACAAUUUUUUAGGUAACCAAACUUCUUUUUGUAAUCUUUUGCAUAUUGAUCAUGCCUUCUUCGCAACUUUCGUCAUACGGUUUUUCUUUUACUACAUUUAUGCGAUGCUGUUGUGCUGCAUUAUUGCGUUUCAUUGUAUUGAAAUAUGUUUAUUUUUUAACUUUAUUAAGACCAGGCUUCUUGUUGAUUUCAUUGUAACUACAGACAUGAACGCUCUGACGAUGGAAACUUACCACGCCUUGUAUUGUUGUGUCAAGCUCAGCUUUCAUUAUGACUAUUAUUUAACACGUUUUUUUAUGUGAAGCCUUUGAUCUGAGUGAAAUAACUUAGCAUAAGUUAACAUAUGGAAUUUUUUAAUCAGUUGGGGUUAAUCUAAGUGGAAGUCCUAUUCGAAAUUUAACUACUAUGAUUUUAAUACCGGGUAUGGUGAACAAACCUGUGAUUUGAAUGAAGACCGUUUCCGUCGCUUGACCAACUGGUGAAAUCUCGAAGUAUUUGUAAAUUUUGUUUAACUGGAUAGCAAGUCUGUUGAUGUGGGUGAACAUAGCGAUUGCUCUGAUCCAAUCAGUCAGCGACUGUGAUUUGUACAGACUGUCGUUUGUCUUGUAAGUAGUAAGUACAUCCUCUGGUGCCUCACGCUCACAAAUGUAUAAUAAAUAUCUUACAGUAACAGUUAUUCUAAUGGAGUCUUUUUAUUUUGCUAGACACGAGUGUGUGUUAUACUAAUGAAAGCACCUGAGCGCCCUCCAAUGAUUGACCGAUGUCAUUAACAAGUUUAAAAGCCGUUGUGUUUAAGACGGCAAGUUGGAAGUUUCGAUUUGAAAUUAAAAAUUUCACAAAGGAAUCAAUGUGCCCGAGUUUAAUGUGCGUCUUUUAGACUACGAUCCAUAAGUUAUGGUUUUGUUUCUAUCUACUUUCGCGAGUUCUUUUAAUGUAAAUAAUAUAAAUACGUAGGUGUACAGUAUAUGAGCUUUCUGA